ACGAGACACACAACCGAAAGCCAUUUCUCCUAAAGACCACACGACAACUCAUUCAAUAUGUUGGAAGCGAGGCUGGAGCAGGCGAGCAUCCUGAAGAAGGUUGUCGAUGCGAUCAAGGAUCUGGUGCAAGACUGCAAUUUCGACUGCAAUGACAGCGGCAUUGCCCUGCAGGCGAUGGACAACAGCCAUGUUGCUCUUGUGUCCAUGAUGCUCAAGGCCGAGGGCUUCUCGCCAUUCCGCUGUGACCGCAAUAUCGCUCUCGGCGUCAACCUAACGUCGCUCACUAAGGUACUACGCGCGGCGCAGAACGAAGACAUCCUGACGCUCAAGGCCGAGGAUGCACCCGACGUCCUCAACUUGGUCUUUGAAAGCUCCGAGACGGACAGGAUCUCUGAGUACGACCUGAAGCUUAUGGAUAUUGAUCAAGAGCACCUGGGCAUUCCGGACACAGACUACGCGGCAACAAUCACGAUGCCGGCCUCCGAGUUCAAGCGCAUCACAACGGACCUGAUCGCCAUGUCCGAGUCCGUUACCAUCGACGCAAACAAGGACGGUGUCAAGUUCUCGUGCCAGGGCGACAUUGGCAACGGCUCUGUCACCCUGCGGUCACAUACCAACGUGGAAAAGCCAGCCGAGUCCAUCUCGAUCGAGCUCAGCGAGCCCGUCUCGCUGACUUUCUCCCUCAAGUAUCUGGUCAACUUCUGCAAGGCUUCAGCGCUCUCAAACUCGGUGAAGAUCUGCCUCUCAAACGAGGUGCCUCUCCUCGUCGAGUACAGCUUGGCAGGCAGCAGUUAUCUGCGUUUCUACCUCGCACCAAAGAUUGGUGACGAGGAGUGAAAGAGGCCGUUCAACUCAGAGGUUGAUGAAAAUGUUGAUACGACGGUCAUGUAAGGG